GCAGGGCUGUCCUGUAGCUGCAGAGCCCAUCGUCCCCUGAAGCACAGGGCACUUUAAGGUCUCAGCGGCCGGCACGUGGCGGUGGAAGAAGCCCGUUGGAAGCUCUCCCCGUCUAGCUCUGGCUUCUAAUUAUUGUACCGGCAGUCCGGGUGCAGUGAGUGAGGCCCUUGCUUUUUAUCUCACACCCUCCCGGAACGAGUAAUCCGAGCGUUUGCUUCUUUUUUUCAUGAUAACCAAGACACUUUAACCGGACCAAUUGAAGGGCGAGUAGCAGACAUGAUGAGACUGGUCCAAGACGACAGGUCUGAAGCGAGGAUUGGCCUGCGUGGGUUGAGCAAGGGAAGAAGAAAAUAGUUUGCUUGGUUUGAAGAGAAUUCCAGCGUAUUAAGUAUUUUCAUCAUAUAUGACGAGUGUUUUGGCAUUUAAUGAGGGUGAGAUAAGAAACAAUUUUCAUGACUCGACGCAAAAAACACCAAAAAUGAUAUCGCCAGUACCAAUACCAAUCCAACAACAUACCACGAAUGCUAUGACGAGCCCUUUAUAGGCUCAGAAACCAAGGAAACAAGCACACCAUCAUCAUCAUAUCCAUCAACUUAUAUAGCAUCAUCGCAGAGUUAAUCAGUGAACUAAACCUGGCGUGUCCCGUCUCGGGCUUGCUCUCGGCGACCCACAGUCCUUAUCACUUUUGUUUUUCUUGUUCUCGCCCCGGAGCGAGAGUAUACACACAGACAGACACAGAAUAGUAUGUAAAUCAUGCCCCCCUUGAUCGACAACAUGAUCAAUCCUCCAAACUCGGUUUUGCCCUCGAGGGGCCCAGUCCUUUAAAACAAGAGCAACUCGCUUUCCCCAAUUUCCAGACCCGAUAUUUUCUUAUCAUAAAAAUAUUCAUUCGUUAUGCUAUCUGAACAGAACGAUAGUGGGAGUGGGAGCGGCGGGAGACCUAGCCAGGUACAUACUCCCCUCCGCAGGGAAAAGAAGCGAGUAGGCUUCCACUCCAGCAAAGAAUCCUCCGGAGAAAGCAGCGACUCAACAACACACCAACAGCAAACACGACAGCAGCGUCAAGAUGAAGGUGUUUUCUCACCAGCAGGUUCACCAAAACUAGCUCCCGGGGAAUUACCACCUAAUGCACCAGAUGCUUACGAACUAAGCCUUGCUCUCACAAAGAUCUUGUCCGCCGAGCAAGAGAAGAAACGACAGGUUCAGAAUCUCGCACCAGAUACCCCGGAUGUAGGACCAAAGAGGCCGAGACCUGCGCUGAGGAGAAAUACGAGUUAUGAUGAUCCUAAUGAGAGGGAGAAGGCGGAUCAGGCGGAGUCGAGGACGACGGAGAGACAGUAUCGAUCUAUGGCUGAUGCUCGACAGAGAGCUGAUCGGUUAGCUGUUUCGGUGGGGAGUUACUCUGCCCCUGGGUCGCGACGAGGAUCGCUUGACCUCGAGGAAGUUCCUUCGUUUAAGCCACUGAUUGAGGACUAUGAUAAUCCAAAAGGAUCACCGCCAGCUGGAUCGAAUACCAUUGAAGAUGCAGGAUAUUUCGGUCUUCGACAACGCAUAGCCAACUCUGAUCGCUUUCAGCAUCACGCUGCGGCUGAGAAUCUGGUCAGAUCUCAUACCCGCAAAGGAAAACGGGAUUUGUUCACACAGCAUCCCAACGGCGGACCGGCAUCUGGUACAGCUACACCCGUUCUUCAACAAGCAUACGCCCACGACUACGUUCCUCGACCGGACCAAUAUCGCGGCGGUAUUCUCUCCUCACUGCUUAAGUUGUAUCACGAUGAUAGAACACCAGGUAGUGGAAUGAACACGCCCAAGGACACGGGCACACCACUCAUGUCGCCUCGUAACUCACCCCCUAUAUCUCGCCCUGGAUCAUCUAAUGGAACGCCUCCUAUUCGAUCACCGCCUCGCUCACGACCGACGAGCGGUUUGUUCAAUUACCACAAGAACAGACACUCGACGUCUUCGCUUGCACUUACGGAGUUGAUGAAGUCUUCUUCUAUGUUUGCGGCGCCAGCUUCAGCGAAUAUCUCUGAUAAGUGGGCUGAGAAGAUUAAACAACAACCGCCUCCUCCUAAGAAGCGCGACAAGGCUCGGAUUACUAUUCAUAUUGCGGGUAUUAUCCAACGACAUCGGUAUCUACUCAAGCUGUGUAGAGCUCUUAUGAUGUACGGUGCGCCUACACAUCGAUUGGAAGAGUACAUGACCAUGUCAUCCCGUGUCCUCGAAAUCGAAGCUCAGUUCUUGUACCUCCCUGGAUGUAUGAUCAUCAGCUUCGAUGAUAGCACUACACAUACCACUGAAGUCAAGCUCGUUCGUGUACCGCAGGGUAUCGACCUCGGACGUCUUCGAGACGUGCACAACAUUUACAAAGAAGUUGUCCACGACAAGAUCGGCGUUGAAGAAGCGACAAAACGACUGGACGACGUCAACGCACGAAAGGAUAAAUACAACGUCUGGAUUCGAGUAUUCCUAUACGGUGUCGCAUCAGCUUGUGUGGCGCCCUUCGCUUUCCAAGGUCGAUUCAUCGACUUGCCUAUUGCCUUCUUUCUGGGAUGUAUCGUUGGCAUUCUUCAACUUGUCUUGGCACCUAGCAAUGAACUGUACGCCCACGUCUUUGAAGUUUCGGCCGCCCUUAUCACGUCGUUCUUCGCUCGAGCAUUCGGCUCUAUCCAAAAUGGCAAACUGUUCUGCUUCAGUGCACUAGCACAGAGUAGUAUCGCCUUGAUUCUUCCAGGGUACAUGGUCCUCUGUAGUUCUCUCGAACUUCAAAGUCAUAACCUUGUUGCCGGUAGUGUACGUAUGGUGCAUGCUCUCAUCUACACUCUCUUCCUCGGAUAUGGUAUCACAAUCGGUGCUUCGCUCUACGGCAUGAUUGACAGCAACGCAACGAGUCGCUCAACAUGCGAUAACCCACUUGGACGGGAAUGGUACUUCCUCUUCGUCCCUGGAUUCACCAUGUGUCUCUGUCUCAUCAACCAAGCCAAGUGGAAGCAAACUCCCGUCAUGGUCGGGAUGGCUUUAGCUGGUUGGUCAGUCAACAGUUACUGCGCCGAAUACUUUGGAGGAAACGGCCAAAUCUCCAAUAUGCUUGGUGCCCUGACGAUUGGUAUUCUUGCAAACUUGUACUCUCGAAUGGGACGACAUGUCGAGAAUGGAUACCUGGACUUUGUCGACUGGUGGAAGCUCAGGGUUCGACCACGAUAUACCAAGAAGAGAAUUGACUCGGACUCCUGGUCCCUCCCAACCCUCAACGACCCCGAGUCUCGACCCGGAACACCAGAGAAACACCAAGAGCCCGAGAAGAAGCCCCGCAAGGUCGGAUACAGUCUCGCAGCCGCGGCUAUGCUUCCAGCCAUUUUUGUGCAGGUUCCCUCUGGUCUUGCAGCAGGAGGUUCUCUGUUGGCCAGUAUCACUAUGGCUGAUGAGAUCACCAAGAACGGAACAAAGGUAGCAUCUGACAUGAACACGAUGGGUAAUCUUGAAGGAACUGCAUUCAAUGUGUUGUUCAAGGUUAUCCAGGUUGCCAUUGGUAUCAGUGUCGGUUUGUUCAUGAGUGCACUAAUCGUCUACCCAUUGGGUAAGAGACGAAGUGGACUGUUCAGUUUCUAAGCCGAAAGCACAUUCAUUUUUAUACUGCAUUUCAUUAUGGUCAUAAUAUUAGAGCGUCAGUUGUUUCAGGAUGGCUUAUCACAGCGGAUAUACAAAAGCAACAAGGGAAAUUGCUUGGAGUUAUUGUUUUCUUUGUCAUAUUGGAAUUGGGAUUGAAGCGACUGGCGCAAAGCAAGCGAUGGGUUUCCUUUUUACAAUCAUACACAGAUAAACAGAACUAUAGAUACGGGACGGUAAUGACCGGGAUGAACAGGAUAUACAGCGCUGAUAUAAUAAUAUUUUCUUUCUACUGAGAAAUUGGCUAUUUUUAUUCUUUAAAACAUGUCGUG